AUGUUCCAACGCGAUCCUCGAGCUGGCGCGUUUCUCGGUGGUGACCGCGUGUCAGGCCAAGAUAUACGGGAUCAGAAUGUGACCGCGGCCCUGGCCAUCGCAAAUAUUGUCAAAAGUUCUCUGGGUCCACUCGGGCUCGAUAAAAUGCUCGUUGACAACAUUGGAGAAGUGACCAUCUCGAAUGAUGGCGCAACUAUCCUGUCUCUUCUGUCUGUGGAGCACCCAGCUGGAAAGAUUUUCGUCGAUCUCGCGCAAAAGCAGGAUAAGGAGGUUGGAGAUGGUACAACCUCUGUGGUCAUCAUUGCAUCUGAGCUUCUUCGACGCGCGAACGAGCUCGUAAAAGCGAAAAUACAUCCGACCACGAUCAUCACAGGCUACCGACUUGCUUGCAGGGAGGCUGUCAAGUUCAUGCAGGAUCAACUCAGCAUCAAAGUUGAUUCUCUCGGUCGUGAUGCACUUGUAAAUGCUGCCAAGACUAGCAUGUCUAGCAAGAUAAUCGGAAAUGAUGAUGAUCUAUUUGCCCCUAUGGCUGUGGACGCCAUGCUUGCUGUCAAGACUAUUAACUUGCGCGGUGACAUCAAGUAUCCGGUCAAGGCUGUCAACGUGCUCAAGGCUCACGGCAAAAGUGCCAGAGAAUCCCUGUACGUCCAAGGUUAUGCACUGAACUGCACGGUUGCUAGUCAAGCAAUGAAAAAACGCGUAACCAAUGCAAAAAUUGCGUGUUUAGACAUCAAUCUUCAGAAAGCCCGCAUGCAGCUGGGUGUGCAGAUCCUGGUCGAAGAUCCAAAUCAACUAGAGGAGAUCAGGAAACGUGAAGCAGAAAUCACGCUGGAACGAAUUCGCAAAAUUUUGGCAUCAGGAGCCAACGUUGUUCUGACCACAAAGGGCAUUGACGACUUAUGUCUGAAAGAGUUUGUUGAAGCUGGCGCGAUGGCAGUUAGAAGGUGCAGAAAGGAGGACCUCCGACGCAUCGCAAAGGCAACAGGUGGUACGCUCAUCUCAAGUCUCGCGAACUUGGAAGGUGAGGAGACAUAUGAGGCCAGCUACCUCGGUUCAGCGGACGAAGUUGGCACCAAGGUGGUCAACUCUGCAUCCAUUGUUCUGCGUGGAGCGAAUGACUACAUGCUAGAUGAGAUGGAGAGAGCGUUGCAUGAUACCCUUUCCAUCAUCAAGCGUACUUUAGAAAGCGGAGCUGUUGUUCCUGGAGGUGGUGCGGUUGAAUCUGCCCUCAGCAUUUACUUGGAAAACUUUGCGACAACCUUGGGAUCGCGGGAACAGCUGGCGAUCGCCGAAUUCGCUGCAGCUCUGCUUUCAAUCCCAAAACAGCUUGCCGUCAACGCUGCGAAGGAUUCCACCGAUCUUGUCGCCAAACUGCGUGCUUACCAUCACGCCGCGCAGAACGCGCCUGCGGGUGAUCCGAAAAAGGUGCUACUUCGCUACGGCCUAGACCUUAUGAACGGAGAUGUCCGUGACAAUGUUGUGGCUGGUGUGCUGGAGCCGACGAUGAGUAAAGUCCGGAGUUUGAAGUCGGCGUACGAGGCUGCCAUUUCGCUUUUGCGGAUUGAUGACGCUAUUCAGUGCGUACCGGAGCCAAAGCCGGAAGCAGACUCACAUGGCCAUUAA